CAAGCAUUCAUCCAAGAAGUCCGCAAACACAAAUAUGACUAUUCCAUAAAGUUCAAUGAAAUAUACUAUAGGGAACAAACUUGGGCUAUUUAAGAAUUUUGGGUGAAGGUGCACGUCGACCCACUACAAAGUUUGCAUCACACAGAACUUCACUAACAUACAUGUAUUGCGUCACCAUUUUACAGGGAAACUUUGAUCUCAUCGAAAAGACCUCAGAUCCAGAACCGAAGAAAUAUCGAUAAAAUGAAGAUCUGGAUAUCAUUUGAGAGACUCGUGGCUUUGGUAUUGGUGUGCUUGGAGAAUCUCAUACACGGUGCUGUCGUGUUCGGCUGGCCAUCACUCGUCUUUGUUUAUCUACAGCUUGGCUAUUUUCGUGACCUCUGCAGCGAGAGCAGUGAAAAUGCAACAUUAACUUCCAAUGACUUCAGCCUUAUCAGUACCACCACCGCUACUGACGGUCUCGGUAUGGAAGAAGGACUCAUGUCGUGUCCGGAACAGGAGAGUCGUCUUCAGCUGGUGUUCUCGAUCGCUGUUGCUCUUCAGGCAACCUGCAUGUUUCCUGUUGGGUUCCUUUUUGAUCGUUUCGGUACCAGAUUAUCUCGACUUGUCAUGAGUAUUCUGCUUCUGAUUGGUUACGUUUUGAUGGCGCUCAGUUCUCCAACGUACCCCAUUCUUGUUUUUCCUGGAACCAUCUUCUUCACCAUCGGUGGGGUCAUCAUGCUAUUCUCUUCUAUGCAGGUUGGGAAUCUUUUUGGAAAAAAGAAGUCUACCGUUAUUACAAUAAUCAAUGCUAUGUACGGAGCAGCUAUCAUCAUGCUUGUUAUUGCAAAGAGGGCGCACGACUCAGGGUUUUCCAUCAACAUCUUCUUCUUCAUUAUGGCCGCGUCAGUGAUUCUUCUAAACAUCAACACCUACCUCUUCCUUCCCACCAAGUACAUUCCCUGGCCUCUCCCAGAGAAAUACCGACUGGUAACCUGCUGUAGGCCUACCACAAAGGCCACAUUGGAGGUGAAAGACCUAGAGGGUACCUACAACAGAGGGUACGUCGGUAACCCUGACUCGGAGAUAACAGGUGUCAAUGGGAGUUACAGACUCGAUGGAGUGAACUCCACCAGCGAGGACAUCGGCAGAGAGACCGACAGGUCCCAGGAAGAAUCAGUCAAACCAGAAUACGAUAUCUCUGAUGUCGAAGAGCGAAAGAUCAAAGAAUACGGAAGCCUCAGCUCAUGUAUUGUGUCGACUCCGUUUAUUUUGUUGUUUAUCUGGCAGGCGUUUCUUGAGAUUGACAUGGUCUUCACUAUUGGAACCCUGACGUUCUUCUUAACAAGAUUAUCCAACGGCGAUGAGGAAUUGGUGAGCUGGUACACAGACGUUUUUUCUAUCAUUCGAUUUUUCGUCGUGAUAGUCGGUCCCCUUGGCGGUCUUCUGAUGGACAGGAACAAACUCUCGACUUCAUGCUGUCUUAAAAGACAAUCUAAAACCAGAGGCCCAUACGCUGACAUGCGAGAUAGUUGUCUUCCUCUGGCGAUCACUACAUUUGCUUCCAUUGGUUACACCGUCUGUCUUCUUAUUCCAAGUCUUCAACUCCAGUAUCUAAGCUUUAUUUUCAUCCUGAUUGUUGGAUCUCUGCUCUUUGGCGUCGGCUCUGCUGUCGUUGCCGUGGUAUUUCCAAUGAAGUAUUUCACGAGUGUAUACGGCGCCAUGCGAACCAUGAGUGGAUUCUUCACCUUCCUCCAAUACCCAAUCUUCAUCUUACUCCAGAAUUAUCUUAAUGAUGAUCCUUUCUGGGUAUUCAUAGCAUUCAUCGUGGCUGAUGUGAUUACACUGGUCCUACCGGCUACACUAUACUUCCGUAGUAGGUCGAGAUCAAGAAACCAAAAGGAGAACUAAAUAUCUCUUCAACCAUAUGAAGACCAUAGUAAUGAGUACAUGCAAGCACCGAUGUAUUUCUUGUGCAUGAUUUAAUCCUCAAAAUUAUAAGAUAAAUAGUUCAAUUGGUGAGUAAAUGAUAUAAAAAGUUUAGAACUGUCAUGACUGUUUUCAUAUUUUUCUUGCCCCUUUUCCAUUUCCUUUGAUAUAUUUUCAAACUCUCUGAUUAUUUCAUAAUUCACACAUGAUUAAUGAUGAUGUUUCUUCGGUUUCAAGUGUUGUUUUUUUAAGGAAAUCAUAUAUCUUUUACUUUUGAAAGUUUAAUAAAUUAAGUCUUCAUGCGUUAUUUCUGAAGGAUACAUUUAUUUCGUCAAUGUAGAAUAUUGAAGAAAAUAGUAUAGAAUGUGUAACUUGUAAUGCCUUCCCGCCCUUACACGGUAAAAAAAAUCGUAAUUAUUUUUGAAUGAU